CAAAGUGUAUUUUUUGAAAAAAAGACUUUACCACUCAGCUUCUGGAGAAUUGUAGCGUAUGUUUAACGUUUCUCCAUCCAUGCAGACCUGCCGGAUUUCUCCAACAUACUGUGUAUUUGUUUCAGAUUCCCAGCACCCUCACUAUUUUGCCUUUAUCCGAAUGUUUUUGAUGUAGAAGAGGCGGUUCAGUUCACUGUUUCUCCGCCCACUGUGUGUGCUAUGGAGUGUGGAUAGGACGAAACUCCGAUUCAUACCGCGAAGAGAAAAUGAAGCGCCUGGGCUGUGCUGGUCCAAGGAAAGGAACUAAACGAAUUGAAACCCAAGAAUCGAUUGCAGCUGGAAAACCAAAACACCGGAGAGCCAAGAUUAUGGAGCCAAGGAAGAAAGUAUCUAAAACCACGUCAACGGGGGCUGCAGGGAAAAAGAAUAUUGAAAUGGGGUACAAAGAGAAUGAACUGCCUGCCAAAAAGAAGAGAAAAACCACAGACGCUUCCAUUCAGAUAAAUCCCAAACAGAAGAAGGUGAAGGUGUCCACUGUUGAUACUGCUCGAUGGAAACCAUUACCCCAGAGUACGAAAGACUACAUCACUGCAGCAGUCGACAUUGCUAUAUACAAUGCUUUGCCACAGAAGGGUUCCAAGAUGGAGGCCAGUCAGGAACACCUGAGCCAGUUAAGACACAGGUUUCUGGAUCGAUGUUCUUCCAUUAAAGUACCUGUGAGCAAGCUGAGAGAUUUAAAAAAUGUCCAGAGGUCUUAUGCAUCCAAGAAAGAACACCUGAGAGAGGAUGAAGCUUCCCUGCAAAUCUUGCAGGACGAGUUGGAUAAGAUCCUCGCGACACUGGAACGGAAUGGUGAAGAAGUGGACAAGCUGCAGAAUGAGAUCAGUAGUCUCAGAACAUUUCUGGACGAGACUGAAAACAAUGAAUUCCAGAAUGUUGGUGUUGGGGUUCUAAACCUCCCAGAGCUCCCUGAAGCCAGUUUCCAGCAGACCACUCUUCAGGAGAAGCUGAUGGCCAUCGGAAAUCAUGACGCACUCCUUCAGGACCUUCAAACCAUUCAACGUUGCCCUGCCGUGCAAAAUCUGUUGACCUUCCUCGAACAUGCCCACGCAGAAGCUGACACCGUCUCACCUAUUGACCACUGAAUUGAUUUUGCUGUUAAUUUUGUUAUGUUCCUUACAUUGGAGUUGUAUGUUUCCAGAAGCAGGUCUAUAAUAAACUUAGUUUUGACCACGCCUUUA